UAUGCACCCACCCGAUUCCCCGAGACCGGGAUCAAGUGCAAUAACGAAUCCUGGUUGGCGGUUCUCUUUGUCUGAUUCGGCGUCUCUACAUGAAUGCUGGAACGCUCAUCAGCGUUUAUCAAAACCGACAAAGUCGAGGGGAGAGAGAGGAUUGGCAGACUGACAGUUGACAGGGUUCGGCGGGUGCGAUCUUCAAGCUUCUUCUGUUCUGUAUCGUAUCGUAUCAGCGGAGGCCAGCAUCAGAAACUCGAGUCUCCAACAAUAAUGAAUGGUUAGUUAUAUAUAUUUCCUUUUGUUUUCUGGUUUCUGUCAGUGUGAAACGCUGACAACCGCGUGGUUUGAAGCGGGUGGCUUUUUCUUUUUCUUUUUCCUUUUUUCCUUCGUCUUCUGUCGUCUUCUGGAACGUCGGGAAGAAGUGGAGGGCAUGCUUUUUUGAUAUUCUUUCUCUACUUCGUUCUUCUUCUUCUUGGUAUAUAACAAAUUCUAGAAGUUUGCUUGAUCCAUUUUAUCCUUCAAUAAAUACUGUAAUGAUCCUCGUCCAAACCUCAACAUCAACAUCUUGUAUUAGUCUCCUAGUGGCAUUUCGGGGCGGUUACAAUUAGUUAGCUGUUCAUGAUGGAUUCUGUUUCACGUCCUUCAGCAUUCAAUGCCCAUGGCCCGUGUUCAUGUCCACGUCUCAAGUCCACGUCUCAAGUAGAGAAAUGCAUGCAUACCUGGGUAAAAAGUAUCCACAACUAUUCGGAAACAGACGCGGAAACCCUUUCUCUCUUAAGACGAAAAGAGAGACAUCACUGUACCGUACCUGAGGGUUUUCACCAAUUGGAGAUGCAAGGCGGUUAUCAAAACAAAUACAUAUUAUAUAACUACUCUUUUGGAGGAAACAUCGGACAUUAUCACCACCAACUCCUCAUCAUGUCCCCUAUUUUCAUUUCCCGACUCGUGUACGGUUCGGUUAUGGCUAUUAGAGCUCUAGGAAUAGGACUAUCAAACCAAGCCUCGAAAUCAGCCGUAGGAGAGGGGAGGCUGAACGCAUUAGCUAGGACGAUGUAUUAAUGACAACCCUUGGCCCAUACGGCGAUUGAUUGUCGAGGAUGGAUUUCUCUGGACUUCGGUAUCGCUAGGUGCGGUGUGCAUCUUGUCAUCAGCUUGUCAUCAUUCCCCGUCCCGCCUUCAAGGACAAUAUAUAUUAAAUGGGGACAGGGCAAUUCUGU